UUGUUGUACUCCGCCGGAGUUUUCAUCGGAGAAGAAGCGCGGGCCGUUGCGCGCAGCCUCCUGCGGCGGGCCGAUUGUCGGAGGAUCCCUUCUAAAACUAUGGCUAAGCGAAAAGUGUGCAAGGAAGCGAAAAAAAAGGACGGGAAAAACAGCGGGAGAUUGAUGCGGCGAUGGUGGCGAGAUCGCGUUCGUGCGCCGGCUCCGCGAUCACGGCGGACGGAAGCUGCGGCGGCGGCGGCGGCGGCGGCGGCGGCGGCAAUGGCGGCGGGGGUGGAAGCGAGGAGGGGUGGAAGCACAGGAGAACGAGCGAGCGAGCUCGCCGUAAUUGGAUCUAUCCGCUUUAAGGAGAAGAAAAGGACCAAUAGAGCCGUAAUAAGAUGGAAAUUGCGUGGCUCUCAUUCAAUCAAUCAAUAAAAUAAGAAAUGGAGCAUCAAACGGACCAUUCUUAAGGGCCAAAUUUUCAAUAGUGAUUUAAACUUAAAUCUAUGUUCCUCGAUGGACUGAUGUGCGUAAACUUUAUAGCAAUUUUAAAUAUAUAAAAUAACAAAAUUCAACAACGUUGCAGCGAUUGCAAGCAAAAAUUGAGUCCCUUAUGACUGGUCAGAUUGCAAUCAUAUUUAUCAGAUAAAAUGACGAAAUAAAGAUACGAAAGAAAUAUUUAAAAAAUGGUCAAAAUUUACUCAAAACAAUAAGUCACAUUAAGGAAAUGUCAUAUCUGAAAACUUUACAAUUUAUAAUAGUUACAAAAUAUUGACUCUUCUUGCAAUAUUUACAUCGUAUUGAUUGCACAAAAUUACAAGUGCUUUUACACACUGAAAAUAUGUGCAAUAAUAAAUUGAAGCAUUACUCAAUACAUGAGGAAAACGAUAAGAAAGUGUACGACCAAGUUUAGCCCCAUUUUGUAGCGUUCUUCAAUUAUUUUUUUAUAAAAUUAUAGCUAUUUAUGAAUAGAUUAAAAAUAUAUAAAUAUCAAAGCCUCGCCAUUUGGAAGAAAAUGGCCUAAAAAGAUAUAUAUUCUAUCGAAAUAAGUGGCAUCGUUAGAUACCCUUAUAGGAAACAUAUAGGAAAUGUUGCAAAAAAUGGGAAGCCUUUAUCGAUAAAAUAAUACGGAUAAAAGUUAAUAAUAUUUAUUAAUUUAUGGUGAAUCUCUUUAUCAGUCUCCGAUUAACUGAAUUAUCGAUUAAUUUCGUUGUAACUAGCAGCAUUAGCUAAUAGCUGGGACUAAAAUGACAAAAUGGGGCUAAAAGCUUAUGAGAGCUUGGUCACUCAUUCUAAAAAUUGAUAUUCUGAACUGUCAAUUUGCGUAUAUAUUUAUUUGAUAUAAUAGUUUUGCAGUUUGUACCGCACGUGUGUUUAUUCCGCUAACGAAAAUUGAACAUUUCUGUAUCUUUACAACUGAAUAUAGAAACUCAAAAAAGUAUACAAAAAGUUUGCAGAAAGAUUUCUGUAUAUGCGUAGUAAUGUUUACUCCUAGCGUAGUAAAACGAAACAACACACAUUUAUAUAAAAUUUA